CGAGGUGUGGCACGAGGGUAGGUGUGUCUCAUAAAUAAUACGCGAGAAUUGAGACAUCUAUUAAAGCCAGGGCCCCGCCCCUCUCGCGCCUCACUCGUUUGUUCCGCGAGGUGUGACGUCACGUGAACUGCCCGUGUCCGUUCCAGCUGAGAGAGAGAGAGAGAGAGGACAGUCAGACGUGGACGUCGCACAGCCCAAACACAGACCGAAGACCCGUGCGCCCGUGACUGGAUCCACCGGAUGCAAAAAAAAGUACAGACAGAGAAAGAGGAAACGACCCCUCCUCCCCCCGACGGACAGCAGAGCGCGACAGCAGAGGAGAGAAACACCAAUACAACUUGUCAUCUGACCAACACAGUCACUGCUCUCGUCGCUGUGUGUUUUUUUGUACACACUCUUGUUUUCCUUCGGUUGUUUUGUUUUGACCGACGUCUUACUUUGCAACUAUUUUUUGGGGAUCUUUCUCCUUUUUAUUGCCGGACGAUUAACUCGGGAUAUUAUUAGCUAUUUUUCACAAGUUUUAUUUGUGAAAUUUUCCUAUCAGUGCUGGGUUUCAUUGCCGUUUUGACGCCUUUGCAUUUUUAUUAUGGACAGUAUUCUCACUCAGAUGGUCUGACUGUCCCUCCCACUCUGAUCCUUCGAGAAUAACAGCUUGAUUAACUGAACAAUUUUAACAGCAUUCAACUGCAAUGGAAUAUUUCGAUCAACACAUUUCUGCAAGGAAAUAAGGAUCUCAGCAUACCCUCAAGUUAAAGUCAUCCAGCAUACUUGUCCUAUUGGUAGGCGCUCCGGUCGGUUUGCCACGCCCCUUCAAGUGCCCCCAGUAUCUUUCUACGACCCCAUCUGGCCCAGGAUGUCCAGGCAGCUCUCCCAGCUCCCGAACCCAGACCUCCCAGCUGGUGCUAGUCCACAGUUUGGAAGUUGUACCCAGCCCGCAGGCUCCCUCACAGGGGGACAUCUCAACUCCAUGGCAGGUCUUAAAUCCCUCCUGCAGCACCCCAUGAAGGGUGACCAGCGUUUGAAAACCACAUGUGAUGUAAAAGGAGACAAAGAGAGGCUGGACAUUGACGAGGACUCCAUGUGCCCCAUGAGAAAUGGGAGUGGAGUAGGCAGCAGUAACAGCAGUGGAGGAGGAAAUGGAGGUGGAAGUUUCAACCAGUUCUUGGGGCCCCUCUUGUGGGAUCGCACCCUGCCUGCAGAUGGGGGCCUCUUCCAGCUUCAAUACAUGGACUUGGAGGAGUUUCUGAUUGAAAACGGAAUGGGCAGCAUGCAUAACAACACCAGCUCCAGUUCAGCCCAGAUCCCCUCACAGAGCUCCCAGUCAGCCGUACCCAACCAGAGCUCCCAGUGCCUACCGCCCUCGUCCCCACCUUGCUCCACAUCUUCGUCUCCUUCGUCCUCUUCUUCCCCGUCGCUCAUUGGGUUGGAAGUGGCUCAGCCUCUGAGCCUUGGAGGAGGAAAUGACUGUUUGCAUGGGAGUCAGACGAGUAUGAACGACUCCUGUGAGUCGCCCUCUUCUUCCUCCUCGUCCUCCUGUCCGCCUCUGCUGACGCCCACGGACAGCGGGCCCGAUCAGAACGGGAUGUUCGACAUGGAUUCUUCAGACAUGGAUAUGUCUAACCAGCCCAACUUCGACCCCAGGAGGCAUUCCUUCAGUGAAGAAGAGCUGAAGCCACAGCCGAUGAUCAAGAAGGCGCGCAAGAUCCUGGUGCCGGAAGACUUGAAGGUGAGUAAGGAUGAAAAGUACUGGACCAGGAGAUAUAAAAACAAUGAAGCAGCAAAGCGUUCUCGAGAUGCUCGCCGUCUCAAAGAGAACCAGAUAUCAGUGCGUGCUGCCUACCUGGAGAGAGAGAACGCCGCCCUCCGACAGGAAGUGGCCGAGAUCCGGAAGGAACUGGGCCGCUGUCGCAACAUCCUCAGUAAAUACGAGAACCGUCUCGCUGACCAGUGAUGAAGGCGUCGAGCAAAAACCUGGAAAAAAGGAGGAAUAUAAGCUGGAUUAAAUUUAAUACUCUGAAUUCUUGGGGUGGCAUCAUGGACAGAAUGGGGUCAAGGAGAUGAUGAUGAUGAUGAGGAAGAUGAUUAUGAUGAUGAAUGUAUAAGACAAAGGAGAAGGUUUUGUGUAUUGAAGCUCAGGUGUCUUGUUUCAUUGAGGUUUCGGCUCUUAAAAGUGAAAGGUGGAGAGAAUAAUUUAACAGAUGAACAGAUGUGACUUUUAAGAGUUUUGUUAUUGGAGAAUUGUAUAUUUUUAUAAUGCUUAAGAAAAAUUAGAGGGAGAGCAAAUUUGGAGAAUAAUUUUGUAUAUUUUCUACAUAGAGAUGGGGGAAAGCUAUGGUAAAAUAUCUUUUUAUUAUAGAUGAGUCAGGAGAUGUUUAACAGGUGGUCAGCCAUCGAUGGGUAUUUUUCGACUUGAUUAUUAUAGUCAGGAUGCAGCAGCAGGAGCGAGGACGCAUGUAACAAUUGUAAUAUAGAGAGCAAAAAUUAUCCUAUAAUCGUAUAGUUCAACAUUUUUGUGGAUUUUAUUCAAGCACUUAAUUUCUUUCCUGUCAUGUUUCUGUCACUGGGAAUGGGCAUGCUAGAGCGAGACAAAGAGGAGAGACACCAUGUAAACAGUCCAGCACUAUCUUCAUUGUAUUGUGCUUUCUUUUUUCAAUAGAACAACUUCAUGUUUGUUUUUAAUUCCCCCCAAACAAUAUUAGUUUUCUGUACUUUGAGCUCAACGCAAUGCGAUUGGUACAUCUUUCUGUAGGCCAUACCUUUUUAUUUUUUUUAUCCUUGACUCUCUUAUCUCUUUUUCUCUAUCCCAGUUGAGUGCUUUUAAUCUACUCUGGUGUCUCGUAUCCCACCUAAAGCUGCUGAAAGCCUGUUGUGAUGCCCCCGGGUAACUCUGCUCCCUCUUGAUCCCUCUCUUUUCAAUUGUUGGGACAUUUCUCAUCCUCUGUUUCUAUAUCCAACCGCUCUAUUUCUGUCCACUCUCACUUACAGCCAGUCCCCUCACAGUUACGUGCAAACUUUUCCCAUAACUCUCUGCCCCCCACUCUGUCUCUCUCGUACCUCCACGGUACACAGUUAAAUCUCAAUGUUGUGACAUAUUCUCAGAUAGUAAUCAAUCUUCCCAGUAAAAACGCACACCGUUACUUUACUGUACUUUAUGAACACACUUUAAUUAGCAUUAUUAUGAGGGGAGAAAUGUUGUUGUAUAUUGGAUUUUUGUGUGAUGUAUUCCAGGAGAUGGGUUGAAAAACCCCGUUGAGUGGAAUGGUGUUAAUUUCUCAGAUUUCUGGGACGAAUAAAAGCCAAAAUUUCCUACGUUGAUCCACAAAGCUUGUUGCUAUUUAGUGCUUUUUUUCAAUACUGCUCCUUCCUUACUGUUUAUUCCUGUUAUUUACUUUUUACUGUAUCUAUAAACUUCUCUGUAUACCCACAACACCCACACAUGGGGCAUGGUACACUAUGUUAUGUUCCUGGGGGAGGGAUGACUAGUAAUAGAGUGUGAUUUUAACCCCCUUAAUGACCAUGAUGAAUAGUUACCAUUACUGCUAUUAUUAUUAUUGUUAUGAUUAUGAUGAUUAUCCCUCUUGUUGUUGCUGUUCUAUAUUAUUGAAUGAUUUUCUUUCUUUGGAUGAACAUGAUCUGUUGCACCUUGAAACAUCUUUGAUCUUCAGUGUUCCUCAGAAAGACAAUUCUCUCACUCUGCUAUUUGCAUCCUGUCUCAGACCUCCAGACAUUACUCACUUCUGCUACGGACAUUUUUGCCACCUUGAUUUCUUUGAUGGAUUUCACAAGCGUGGCUCAGUACUUUGAACAUGAUAUCCAUGCAGAACUACCUUACGUGAAGACCUCUUCAGAUCCCCAGCGGUGUACGGACUAUGCACACUAUCAAUAUGCUCCUUGUUGGUUUAUUUCAGCCUUUAUCACCUCAAUCAGUGAUCGUUGCUCUCCCAACAGGAUCUAGUCUCUAAUAUCCUCACAGACGUGGUUGUUUAAUCUUUUAGUGACUCUAAUUGAACUACAACUGCCCUGCUGCAUCAGUGGUGUCUAUGGUUCCCAGCCCACUCAGUGCU